CUGUUUUAAUAAUACUCUUCAUUCAUACUUUUCAAGAUUUCAACUUUCUCUUCUCAAAUCUGUCGCCAGUCAUUUCCAUACUCACGAAAAUCGUGACGAUGGAGAAAAUGAGUGGUAGAACAAGCCAACUGUUCCGAGGAUCAGUUACUUUUCUAAGGAAAUGCUUGUUUAAUGUAAUAUCUAUCGGUCCAAUUCCCGACCACAUUGCCUUCAUCAUGGAUGGAAACAGAAGGUACGCGAAGAAGCAGAACUCUGCCGAAGGAGCUGGGCACAAAGCUGGGUAUUCAUCUCUCAUGUCCAUGCUCGGGUACUGCUAUGAGUUGGGAGUGAAGUAUGUAACAGUAUAUGCCUUCAGCAUAGAUAAUUUCAAGAGGCGACCUGAAGAGGUUCAGUAUCUAAUGGAUCUGAUGCUGGAAAAGAUUGACGAGUUGCUUGAGCACGAAGGUAUUAUAAACCAAUAUGGUAUUAGGGUAUAUUUUAUUGGUAACUUGAAACUUUUGAAUGAGCCUGUCAGAGUUGCUGCUGAGAAGGCGAUGAAAGCCACCGCGAAAAACAACAAAGCUGUUCUUUUAGUUUGCGUGGCCUAUACUUCGCGUGAUGAGAUUGUGCAUGCCGUUAAAGAAUCCUGCAAAAACAAAAGACGUGAACUUCAAACACAUCUUGGAAGCAAGGUGGCCAAUGGUGCGAGUGAAGGAGUUGAAGAGGAUAAGAAAAUGGGGCUUAACAAGGGUUUAGUCAUUCAUGAUGCUCAAGAUGACGGAUUGGAAGGAUCUGAAGCUGUAGAAAAAACGGAUAGAAUGCUGUAUAAAGGUGAAGGUAAUUCGGAUGAUAUUGCAACUAGAACUUGCAAAGGUUUGCUUGAAGAUGCAGAAGUGAGAGAGAAGCAAAGGAAGCUUCCUAGUAUAAAGCUAGUAGAUGUAGAGAAGCAUAUGUACAUGGGAGUAGCACCCAAUCCUGACAUCUUAAUCCGCAGUUCGGGCGAAACCCGCCUCAGCAAUUUCCUUCUUUGGCAGACUGCCAAUUGCUCAUUGUCUUCUCCUGCAGUUCUUUGGCCAGAGUUGGGUUUAAGGCACUUGGUGUGGGCAGUUUUGAACUUCCAGAGAAGCUACCAAUACUUUGAGAAGAAAAGAAAGAAGAUAUAGGUGAUGUAACUUUUUCUAGUCUUACAAACAUGGUAUUCAAACAGUGAGAAAGAGAAUAACGCUUGAAUCAAGGUUUUUUUCCCCCUUUUUUUUUUUUUUUUUUUUUUUUUUUUUUUUUUUUCUGAAGAAAGAAUAAUUGCUUGAAUCCCUUUUGAGCUUGGAAGCUUAAACAAGGAUUGCGCACCAACUUGUUUGAUACAUACAUUCAGAACUAUCUAUUAUACUUCGACUUGAGUGGGCUCCAAUGUAGGA